AUGCCACCUAAAGCUGAUGUACGCCGCUUACUGAAAAAGCAACAGCAAGAAAGAAACAAAGUAGCGAAAAUCACACACCCGUUUGCCAAAUAUGAUCAGGCAAACCGUCUCGUAUGCGUCGUAUGCAACUCGCAUGUGAAAUCAGAGUCUGUUUGGCAAGCGCAUUUAGGGUCGCAAUUACACCGUGAUAACAUACACAAGCUCAAAGAACUCAAGCAACAACAGCAGCAGCAACUAAAGCGUCGUGCAACAUCCCCAUCACCGCCCAAGUCUUCCACGCAACCAUCUGAGAGCAAACGUAUGCGACUCGAUGAAGAGCAGACUCGACAAGACAUCGAGUUGAGCCAGGAUGAGUCUGAUCAAGAACAAGAGGAUGAGGAGAUGGGACUCCCUGCUGAUUUUUUUGACAAGCAAGAAGAAGACAAAGACGAAGAUGAAGACAUACCCAAAGAGGUGGAGGAAACGCUAGCUGCCAGUGACAAAAAGAAUUCCAAAUCACUACCGUCUGGGUUCUUUGAUGACCCAGACGAAGAAGCACGCGUUCAAGGCACACUUGCACCUGAAGACCAGGCAAAAGCAGACUUGGAGAGAGACGUUGAGAUGUUCAACGAAGCCAUGAUGGAUGUCACUGAGAAGUCCAAGCAAGUGCAAGCGGAGGAUGACGAGACGUUUUGGGAGGAACGACAUCUGGAUAUCACUCGAGAGCAGGCCAAAUUUGACUCCAGAGUACAGAAAUUAAAGGAAUUACGACAGACUGGCCAAACCAGGAUGGUCAUUGAUGAGCAUUACGUGGAAGAAGAAUUCGAGAAUGACAGUGGCAUCAAGACAGGUCUAAAGACCAGCGUGAGACAAGUGCUUAAAAGCAAGCCCACAAAGCAAGUGGCAUCCAUGUUUGAUGACGAGGAAGAUGAGGAUUCAGAUGAUGAUGAUCAAGAUGAUCACGAUUGGCGUGCUCAACAACUUUAA